AUUCUUACGUUGCACAACGUGCAGUUGACGUCGUCGUACCCGGAAGUGAGUGGGAAGGUGAAGGGACGAAGAUAAACAUGGUUUUAAGUUUAGUGUUUAGAGCUGUCGGCGUGUUCAAGCUCAGCAGAACUUCAACACUGCUGACAGGGACUCGUUUUUACUCUCAGACUGAACCGGAGCCGCUGACGGUGAGGCAGCAAAACAACGGAAUAAGGAGAAUAAUAUUGAACAAUCCCAAGAAGAGGAAUGCUUUGUCUCUGUCCAUGCUGGAAUCCCUCCGAGAAAACCUCCUGACCGACGUCGACAGUGAUGAUCUCAGAGUUGUUAUCAUAUCAGCUAAAGGUCCAGUGUUUUCCUCUGGACAUGACCUGAAGGAGCUGACAUCAGCUCAGGGCAGAGAAUAUCACACAAAGGUGUUUCACACCUGUUCAGAGGUAAUGACUCUGAUCCAAGACAUACCUGUUCCAGUGAUCGCCAUGGUGAAUGGUGUUGCCACGGCAGCCGGUUGCCAGCUGGUUGCCAGCUGUGACGUUGCCGUGGCUACGGAGAAGUCUACCUUCGCCACUCCGGGUGUCAACGUGGGUCUGUUCUGCUCCACGCCGGCGGUGGCCCUCGGCAGAGCUGUGCCGAGGAAGGUUGCCAUGGAGAUGCUGCUCACAGGAACUCCCAUCUCAGCCCACGAUGCUUUGCUGCACGGUCUGAUCAGCAGAGUGGUGCCAGAAGAACGUCUGGAGGAGGAGACGUUGGCCAUCGCCCAGCGGGUGUGUCGGGCGAGCCGACCUGUCGUUGCCCUCGGCAAGGCCACUUUCCAUCGACAAAUGGCCCAAGGUCGAGAUGCAGCGUAUGCCACCGCCUCCAAGGUGAUGGUUGACAACCUGGCUCUAAGAGACGGACAGGAGGGGAUCCGGGCCUUCAUCGAGAAACGCAAGCCAGUGUGGAGCAAUGAAGCAGAAAAGGCCCAUGACUGAUGGACUGUUGACUUUAUCACAGGAGAGAAUGAUUAUCCUGACUGCUGCAGUAACUGGUGUGGAAUAAUAAUAACAAUGUGUGCGCUAUCAUACUUUUAAAAUGUAGAUAAUGUAGUUUGCAACAUUACAACGAUUGACGUUUGAAUUGUUGACUUCAUCGACCCCGAGGACAAGAAGAUGAAUCAUUGUGUGCCUUACCCACCAGAGGACUUGGGAUGCUUUAUGGACUAAGAGUACUGCUCUCUGUAUUUGUAUAAUUGUAAAUACAAUAAAUAGGGUUACAAAUGGGUAUUAGUAUCAUUUUCUGCAAAGACAAAGUGAGGUGAGUUUAAGCUCUUCCAAGGAUCGAAUGAACGGUAAGGAGAGAUGUAUCUCGAGGUUCUGCAUUACACAUCCAACCACCAAGCUUACGAUGUGUACACCGUGAAUGCUGAACAGAAACUAAAGGUUACACUUGUUAGUUUUGAAUGAAGUUUGUGUUGAUUAUUAUUUCCCCAUUUGCGUGAAUGAAGCGUGUCUUUGCUUCUAAGUGUCUUAUAAGAAAUGUUGAAAUGAAUAAAAUGAUACUGAUAACACAAAGAA